AUUGCAUAAUCACUAUGCUAAUGAUAAGGAUUAUAGUGGUGAAAUGCAUUUACCACCUCGAAGAAAAAUUGAUAAUUUCGUCAGUGAUGACGUAGACGCAGACGAACCUACUAAUAGAAUUGUUGGUGGAGAAAAGGUUAAUAACAUUGAAGAAUACCCUUUUCAUGUGGUGAUGAUUGGUGAAAAUGACGAACAUUAUAGAGUUUGCGGAGGAGCAAUAAUUGCAGAUAAAUUCAUCAUCACUUGUGCUCACUGUUUUGUUAGUAUUGAUGCUGUAGACCAUCACGUGAAAGCUGGAAUAUCGAAUUUACUGCAGAAGGCGCAAAUUCGAGAGGGUGCUAAAGUAUUUAAACAUAAAAAGUAUCCUGGUGGCUACUUUGAGAACGACAUUGGACUUCUAAAGGUUAAAGAACCGUUCAAAUUUAGUGCGAAAGUGGGAAAAAUAGGCUUGCCUCAUGCUGCUGCAUGUUUUAUAGUGGGCGACAUUGUAACAAUCCUAGGAUUCGGCCAAACUACUGUACAUCCAACUGAAAUACCGAACGAGAACCUUCACGUCUUAAAAGCUCCACUGACUUCCCGGGAAAGAUGUAUGGAACGAAAAAUUGAAUUUGUGGGCGUUGAAAUGACAGAGAGAGUGCUUUGUACUGAUACGCCACCAGGUUAUGGUGUAUGUUUUAAAAGAGAGAAAAGAUGUUCCGUCCCGAGAACACGCCUGGGCUUAUCAGUAAGGCUGACUGACAAUGUGCUCUCUACCUUAGACAUCUGGAAACGUGUGGGGUCGUCACAGGAUUCCCCGUCCAGUUUCGACGAGGGCGAAGGAGGUGAGACGAUGUCGAGAGUCGGAAGGUGA